AUGGUAAUUUCAAAGUUUGAAGAACAUAAAGAUGUUCUUUUGUCUAAAGAUGAAAAAGCGGAGAUAAAUAAACGAAGAAAUCGUAUAUGGAAUAAGAUCACCGAUGCUGUAAAUAGCUUAGGAUUUGAUAAAAGAACAGUUACCAGUGUGAAAGGUUUAUGGAAUAAUCUUCUUAAAAAUGCCAAUAAAGAGAUUUCAUCAACAAAAAAAAUUCCGACGGAGGGAGGACCAGCAAUAAUUUUAACAGAAAUCAGCCAGAAAAUAUUGGAUAUAUACGGAGAAAAUUCUCUAAUAUUUUUUGGUUUGGAAGGGGUGGAAACCAAUAGCAUCGAUUUUGUUUGCGAUAUACAGAAUACUGUUAAUCCAGUUGUGCAAGUUCCAUAUUUCCAUUUAAUUGUUAAAAAAACAACUUCAAAUAAAACUGCAAUCGGUACUAUUUUUCAAGAUGUAACAAAUGACAAAAUUGAGAAUUCUUUUUCUGGAAAGUCUACCGAUUCACAAGUUUCACUCAAUAAAACUAAUAAAAUAAAUUCAAAAAACUCUAUGAAUAGACGUUCAACAAAAGAAAUAUUGCCUAAAGAAUUAGAUAGCAUCAAAAAUGCCGUUAAACAAGCCUCUUUUGAUAUUAAUAAAUCAGUGCUCAGUGUGCUUAGAGAUAGAUUAAAGCCUCUUUCCAAUAGUAAAGAAAACGAAACAAUUAUUAAAAGAACAACAAGUUAUAAGAUGACUGAACUAUCUGCAAUGCCUCAGGACGAAGCAACACACAUUUUUUUAUUGAAUUUCUAA